CUCUCAAUGAGUUUGGCGGGAAAAAGGAGGGCGAAAUUCUUCUCCUUCUCCUCCUCCUCAUCAAGCAACUCAAAUUAAAAAAUUAGGGUUUCAAAAAGUUGGUGGCUUUGAGAACGAAGAAUGGAGAUUUCUGGAAAUGGAAAAGGAAAGGGUCGAGGGGUGGAAGAAGAGAACAUUUUGGCCAUCAUCGCCGCAUCCGGUACUAAAGACACCCAGGACGCUCAUGAAGACCGAAUUGCUUUUCUUGAAGCCGUUCGUUCUGUUUCAAUUCUUUCAGAUGAUAGAGUUCCACCAUCAUACAAAUUGUGCCAGGAGGUAUUCAAGAUCCUAAGGAUUGGGAAGUCUCUGGAAUUAAUUAUGGCUAGCUAUCAGCUUUUGGAUGAGUUAGAAAAGGCUUUCCCUCGUGUACAUUUAUCUAAUGUAAAUAAGCCACAGUCAGAAAAUGCUAUACCCGAACUGGUUGUGGCUAAAGAGGCUUGGUCGCCAUUUGUUGUUUCCAUGGAGCAUUCCGGUUGCCAGAGAGAAGCUGAUAAAGAUAAGGGGGGACAAAUUGACUCGUAUGGUUUUCAUCUCCUGAUACAAGACCUUAUUAAUGUGGCUGACGAAACAAACUUCCAACAAUCUGAUACAAAGUCGCUGCAAAACAUGUUGCUAUUUCAAUAUCUCGUCAGUGUUCUUGAAAGUGAUUUUGGACCUCGCAACAAUGCAAAUGAAGGAACCAUGAACUGGAACCUUUUGAGGGAGUCAUUACUCAACAUGCUUUUGGGUUCGAGAAAAAUAAACUACAGAAGUUUAGUGAAGGAUUGCUUGGCUAUUAUGUGUAAGCUCUAUGAGAAUUGUGCCACAUUUAGUGAUGAUUUGAUGCAUCUAGAGAAUUCAGUUGGGGUAUCAGAUAAUGAUAGCAACACUUCCGUGGCAAUUGCUUUACUUGAGGUGGCAAAGAAUACCUGCAUUGCCAUGCAGAAAUUUUUCACUGUGAUUAUGGAGCUUGAUACGUCUAAGAAGAAAGCAGAGAUGAAUGGUUGUACUAGGAGAGCGGAUGGUGUCAGAACACCUAUUGUGGAGCUAAUUCUAGAUGAGCUAACUUAUAAUAGGGAUAUUCUUCACUCUUUUCUUCAGGCCUACGCUGAACCUGAAUGGAAGCUUGAAGUAGUUGUGCAAUAUCUUUGGAAAUAUAUUUCCAAGCCUUCUGUUCGCACUCGGAGGACAAAUGUUUCUGCAGAUGAUACGACAUUUGGUGGAGCAUUGAAGUUCUUUUCAAAUAUUACCAUCGCAAGAAGUACUACUAAAAACAUUGGGGCCAAAGAAAUCCAGUUGCUUUUAGUUCAUGGCUUUCAGGCUUAUUUGUCACUACCAUCCAAACAUUCUGAUGAAGUCGUCUCUUCUCCGAGUGAAGAAACGAAAAGCUGCUCCCUUAUUGAAAUAUGCAAGGAUAUAAUUUCUUCUUUUAAAACUCUGAGAGAAACAGAUAAGAACAUGGAGAUUUCGGCAUUUGGGAAAGAAGUGCUAUUUACAGCGGCCACCAUAAUCUCAGUGAAAUCAUAGGAACUUGGAAACUGUUACAGCUUGAGUUCUUUACUAAUCUUGAUAUAUAAAGUGUUACAGUCAACAGUAAGUUAGUGUAUAUAUAACUUCUAAGGUAGCAAAUAGGAGCCUAGUAGCUUAAGCCCUUGACUACUUGCCCAUUACUGAAAUGUUACAGGUUAUAUACUCGACAGUUAUUCAGGUGCAUAGUGUUUGGUCUGAUCCGACAUAAGUUGCAGGGCAAAUCGCGCCUUUUAUGUUGCUGAAUUUUACAUGUUUUGGUUUCUCUUAUUUUGGUUUUUGUUCAUGAACAUCUUGGUUCUUACAAUGUCCCAUUUAUACGUGUUUGGUCCUUUACGCUUUUAC